AUGGAGGCGUACAAUUGCUGGUUCUACUUCGACUUCCGCCACCUCCGAGACUGUCGGGCUGGUCCCACCGGGUACAAGCCCCCUCUCGGCAACACGGAUGCCCUCCCCUUCCGCGUGCUCCGUACCAAGUCCGGUCGAUUGCCCAUCUACACCGACUACAAAAAUGGACGCACCAAGAAGAUCACCAUCCUCCGCAAAUUCAGCGGCGACCGAAAGGAGCUGCGCGAGGAGGUGUGGCGAGUGCUGGGUGGGCCGAAGAACCCCGGCCUGGAGGUCGUGGAGCGGGCGGGUUCGCUCGAGAUCAAGGGCGACUACACGUGGCAGCUCCAGAUGUGGCUCAAGCGACUGGGCUUCUGA